CGAUAUAAAACUGAGAAUGUAACAUCGUGACGGUUACGCCAAUGGAAAUGAACUCACGAUGACAAAUAUCAAUUGAGUAUCACGGCAGUGUGAUUGCUUGAUAUUCGUCAGUUUGAAGUCUUACGGCAGUGUGAUUGCUUGAUAUUCGUCAGUUUAAAGUCUUACAAGAAGUAAGAGUCAAUUAAAAAAUGGUCAUACGUUUGUAAAAAAAGUCUCAGAGAUAAAAGAUGUUACAUAACGGCCACUAGCGAUCGGUUAAAGCCGGAAAUUAAUACAAGGUCGUCACAGUUUAUUGUUAAUAGGAUCGAACAGCAUAACAGACGGUAACUGGAUUCCUCCACUAAACACCGACCUGUAAAAACGAAACAGUGAAAACAUCAGACGAUUCGUGGCAACGGCGCGUUACUGAAUAACUUUUACCGAAAAAAAGACAAAAAAACAUGGACGGAUCAUUCACGAAACUGGGCACAAUUUUGGUGAUUUUGGCGGGUGUUUGGAUAACAGAGGGUUCCAAAAUCCUCGCUAUAUUUCCGUACCAAGGUCGAAGCCACAACAUAAUGUUCGAGCCAAUUGUGAUUGGCUUGGCACGUGCGGGUCACUCGGUUGACGUCGUCAGUCACUUUCCCCCAAAGGAGCCGGUGGAAGGACUGAAUCACAUCAGCCUAAAAGGAACGCUGCACUUUUACGUGAACAACAUGACCGCGUCAUUCGCCAGAACAAUGAUGGGAGUUAAGGCGAUAGACUUCAUUUCCUACCAGGAACCAAACGACCUCUGCAACCUCAUGCGGCUUCCCCAGCUACAGAACGUCAUCAAUACUGACAAAAAGUACGACCUCAUGCUCACCGAGGUCUUCGGGACCAACUGCUACUUAGCGGUGGCACACAAGCUGAAGCUUCCGGUGGUCGGCGUCGUGACCAGCGCCAUGUACCCAUGGGCUUAUGAUACGGUCGCCGAGAGCCCGCUUGCCAGCUUCAUACCUUGCCAAUUCACGCCCUACACCAAUGACAUGAGGUUCAUGGAACGCCUGGAGAAUCUGGUCAUAAUUCUGUACUCAAAGUUCUUGUUCUUUUACUACGACAAAACGGUAUCCGAACCAAUCGCUAAGAAGUACAUCGAUGACCUUACGUCCCUGAAUGAUAUCUACCUCAACUUUAGCCUCGUGCUAGUCAAUAGCCAUCGAAGCAUCCAUGGAGUUCGUUCUACGAGUCCUGCGAUCGUUGAUGUCGCUGGUGUUCACAUCGACGAAACGCAACAACUCACAAAGGAACUGGAGGAAUUUUUAAACUCUUCGAAAAACGGGGUGGUGUAUUUCAGUAUGGGGUCAAUGGUGAAGUCGGAGAGCUUCUCGAAAGAGCAAAUACUAGCGGUCUACGAUAGUUUUGCCGAACUCUCGGACUACAAGGUCCUUUGGAAAGGGAAAAUGGAAGAAAUGCCGACCGGAUUACCACCAAACGUCAAAAUGGUGCCUUGGAUACCACAGUACGCCACACUCCGUCAUCCGAAUGUGAAGGCUUUUGUGACUCAUGGAGGUUUGAUGGGGACCCUGGAGGCGAUUCACGCGGGGGUGCCGAUGAUUGGAAUCCCAUUUUUCGCCGAUCAGACGUUUAAUAUAGCGGGAUACGCGCAUCGCGGUUUCGCCAUUCAUUUGGACUACGAGACUCUAUCCAAGGAAAGCUUCUCUGAAGCAUUACGGAAGGUUCUGAAGAAUCCUGACUACCAAUCAAACGUCGACCGUGUUUCGAGACUGUUCAAGGAUCGUCCGCUCUCUCCGUUGGCCGAGGCAAUUUACUGGAUCGAAUACGUAAUUCGAAACGGUGGCGAGCCGCUCAAAUCUUCGGGUCGUCAUCUCUACUGGUUCCAGUAUUACUUGAUAGACGUCGGUCUAUUUUUAUUAGCCGUAGCGACGCUCGUUCCUCUCGCUAUAUUCCUGUUCGUUAAAAAAUUAAUGACCCUCUUCUCAGGCACGCGAAAUAAUAACGUUCAAAUAAAAAAGAAGACUUCGUAGCGGACCAAAGAUGAUGGAAUUACUCUUAUAACAUGUCAAGCGCCAAGUCAUUCGUCAAUUACAAGAAGAACCUCAGUCUAAUCUUAAACUCAGGAUUAUGCACGCGUUAGAAAACUAGAAGGUGUUUAUUUAUUUUUUUUAAAUCUUGAUCAAAUCUAGACUCAGGAAUGAUUGGAGUUUCUGGUACACAACUCGAUAUCACAGAAACCUGGUUUAUAGAAGAAAAACAUAUGUAUGAAAUGACAAAAUGAUUUAGUUAUACGUUUUUAUCCACAUCGAUAAACGUAUUUUGUACACAAUGAUCACCUACGCGAAUCUAAGUCAGUAGAUUGGAAACAAAAUCAGUCAUAAAUAUAUUUACAAUUGCAAGUCCGUUUCGUGUGUUCUAUCAAAAUUGCGAAUUGUGUACCUGAAAAUUGUAGCGGUGUGACAGUUUAAAGAGUAUACUUAAAAA